AGGAGGCGUUAGUACCAUUUCAUUAUUUACCUUUUGCGAAAAUAAAUACGUUUAAUUCUGUGCAAAAAGAGAUGGCUAAAUUAUUGCAACGCGUGGAAAUUACGUUACGCAGCUUUUACAUUUUUAACUCGAGCUUUGGUCAAAUAGAAGGCGAGGAACACAAGAAGGUUUUGUUUUACCAUCCGAAUGACAUUGAAUUAAACACGAAAAUGAAGGAUGUGGGACUAAGUGAGGCCAUCAUAAGGUUCACUGGAACUUUUACCUCCGAAGAUGAUUGCCAGGCGUUGCACACCCAAAAAACCACCCAACUUUUUUACCAACCCGAGCCAGGAUAUUGGUUAGUAAUGGUCCUGAAUGUUCCCAAGGAGGUGCGGUUAAAGGAGGGCGUGGAGGUGGCCGAUUACCGGGGUGCCGAGAUCUCCGACAGAAUUUAUAGAGCAAUACUUAGACAAUGCUAUCAAAUGUUUCGCUUUCAAAACGGAUGGUUCUCCUCCUUCGGAAGUGAGGAAUCUAAUCCGGAUAAGCGUAGGGAACUGCUCUGCCAGAAGCUACUCCAGUUCUAUGAUCAGCACCUGUCCAACCUGAGGGAUCCGUCGCAAUGUGAUAUCAUCGAUAUGCUGCAUUCCAUUCAAUACCUUCCCCUGGAUAAAUCGCUCUUUUUGCGUGCCCAAAACUUUGGCACCCUAUCCGAAACCUUUCCUGGCAUCAAGGAGAGUAUAAUGCUCUACCAGGAGCAGGUCCUUUGUGGAGGAAAACUCAGCCCGGAGGAUCUACACUGCGUACAUUCGUAUGUCGUGCAACACGUUCUAAAGGUCGAGGCCAGCAGCUCCUCCAUUGCAGUUUCUCCUUCACUAAAGCGAAGCAUAAGUGAAUGUCAGGUGGGCGGAUUCGUAAGGAGUCGACGACAGAAGGGCGAGGGAGAUGAAAACGAGGCUGUAAGUGAGGAAGACAAUCCCCUGAAGGUCUAUAUCACAUUGGACAAGGAGGCCAAGGCGUACUACCUGCUCAUCUACCGCGCUUUGCAUAUAACUCUGUGCCUGUUUUUGGAUGCUGCUCAGCCUGCGCCGAAACAAGAUCUCUACGAUGAACUCCAUGGCUACAUGGCCCCCCAACUGACAUCGUUGGCCCGGGACAUAUCCAGCGAGCUAACUAAGGAGGCGGUGGGUUCUGCAGGUCAAGAAAACUCCACCGGGAACAGCGAGACGGCACCCAAGUACUUGUUCAUCAACGAACAGAGCUUGCAGCACCACACGAACUUUCAAAGGCAUGUUCCCCAAGCACUGCCCCGCAAUGUGCUUAGUAUCAUUGCGGAUUUGGCUAAUGACAGUGGCAAGGCGGAAAUGGAGAGUGCUCCUGCCGAGGAAGUUCAGGUGAAGACAACUAAUGACUAUUGGAUUGUGAAGCGGCGCUGUAACUAUAGGCAGUACUAUGUGAUCCUGUGCAAUAGCAAGGCUACCUUGCUGGACGUCACCCAGGAAGCGAGGCGCAUUUUCGAGCAAGAGCUCAAAGAUGAUGUAUUUUUUGACAAAUAAAGAGGAGGAUUAGGUAUAGAA